AUGGGCCAGUUUUCCGCGGCUUGGAGAAAGAUUUACGGCCAACGUUCACCCGAGUUUGCAAAGUGCUUCGACGGUCGCGGGAUUGCCGGGCCAGGCAUUACCAACCCCGCAGUGCGCAACGGCGGUAUUGUAACGGCCGACCAGGAGCCCCACGCCCGACUGCGAAAAGCCGUACUUCCAGCAUUCAGCGAGCGGGCGUUGAGAGAACAAGAAGACAUCCUUCGGCUGUAUGCGGACAAACUGGUCGAGCAGCUGCGAUACUCCAGCAAGAGCGGUGUUCCACAGGACAUCGUCAAGUGGUUCAGUUUAGCCUCAUUCGACAUCAUCAGCGAUUUGGCAUUUGGACAGGCUGCUGGCUGUCUUGACGACGCAUCUCAACCAUGGCUGCAUGUCAUUGGUGCUCGAGCGCAGGGCAUAGUUCGUUAUCAGUUUGCGAUUCAUUAUCGUCUUGAAAGCUGGCUGGAAUGGCUGGCGCCGAAGGCUCAGAAGGCAGCAGUGAAAAAACAUGGAGAGCUGACAGCCGCAAAAGUCAAGCGCCGACUUCAGCAGGCAAAUGGCAGAAAAGAUUUCAUGAGUUACAUCUUGGAGAACCCUCAGGCAGAUCUGGGCAACGCCGAUCUGGUCAGAAUGGCGUCAGCUUUCAUCGUGGCGGGCAGUGGCACAACCGCCACAGCGCUUUCUGGGAUCACAUUUCAUUUGUGUAGCAACCCCGAGAAGUACAUUACAUUGACUCAAGAGGUCAGAAACGCAUUUCACAAAGAGACAGACAUUUCAAUGGCGUCAACGGGGGAGUUGAGGUACCUUAAGGCGGUGAUUGAAGAGGGAUUGAGAAUGUAUCCUCCAAGUCCAAGCACUUUGCCAAGAUUUGUGCCUGGUCAGGGCGAAGAAAUCGACGGCAAAUGGGUACCCGGUGGUGUAAGUUAA